AUGGCUUCUGAACGCGAGAAUGAUGUCUACAUGGCCAAGUUGGCCGAGCAAGCUGAGCGCUACGACGAAAUGGUCCAAUACACCAAGGACGUUGCUAAGAUGGGCGUUGAAUUGACUGUUGAAGAACGCAACUUGUUGUCCGUUGCUUACAAGAACGUGAUCGGAGCUCGUCGUGCCUCGUGGCGUAUCGUAUCUUCCAUUGAACAAAAGGAGGAGAGCAAGGGCAACAAUGCUCAGGUGGAAAAGAUCAAGGUUUACCGUCAAAAGAUCGAGAAUGAACUUAAGGACGUCUGCUCCGAUAUUUUGAGUGUCUUGAAGGAUAACUUGAUCCCUAACGCUCAAGGUGGUGAGUCCAAGGUCUUUUACUACAAGAUGAUGGGUGAUUACCACCGUUACUUGGCCGAGUUUUUGACUGGUGAAGCUCGCAAGGAAUCCGCUACUCAAGCUCAUGAAGCCUAUAAGACUGCUACUGAUGUGGCUCAGACCGAGUUGGCUCCUACCCAUCCUAUUCGUCUUGGCUUGGCUCUCAACUUUUCCGUUUUCUACUAUGAGAUCCUCAACUCACCUGAUCGUGCCUGUCACUUGGCCAAGCAAGCCUUUGAUGAUGCUAUUGCCGAACUUGACACCCUUUCUGAAGAGUCUUACAAGGAUUCCACUCUUAUCAUGCAGCUGCUGAGAGACAACUUGACCCUUUGGACCUCUGAUUUGCAAGAUGCUGACAACAAGGGCGAACAAAACGAGGGCGAGGCUACUGAAGAAUCCAAGUAG